AUAGAUUCUUAAUGGUUCUGUUCACCAUCCAGUCCAGUAGGGGGCAGUGAAACACCCAACUAAAAGACAAAGGAGAAGAAGAGCUGAAGACGUUGUGCCACUUGGACGGCCUAGUUAUCCAGCUAAGCUAAAACAAUCUCUACAUUUAGCUGUUUCUACCUGCAGUUUUACAGAGAAUCUUAAAUCAGUUCAAUUAAAAACAGCAUUUGGAGAGGAUUAACUCACUGAUCCUGAGAGAUAAAGAAGAACAAAAGACAAAUUCUUUGUACUAUGACCAGUCAAGAAGAAACUCAGACAGACCUUCACCACUGCUUAGAGUGUGGAAAGAGUUUUAGUCAAGGAAGGUAUCUCACAGCACACCAGCUCAUCCACAGACAAGACAAACCACAUCAGUGCUCACAGUGUGAAAAGAGUUUCAUUUAUAAAUGUCUUCUCCAACAACAUGAGCGCACUCAUACAGGAGAGAAGAAGCCGUAUCAGUGCUCACAGUGUGAAAGAAGUUUCAAUUUUAAAUGUCGUCUGCAACAACAUCAGCGCAUUCACACAGGAGAGAAGAAGCCGCAUCAGUGCUCACAGUGUGGUAAGAGUUACAUUUAUAAAUGUCUUCUCCAACAACAUCAGCGCACUCAUACAGAAGAAAAGCCGUAUCAGUUAUCACAGUGUGGAAAGGGUUUUAUUCAAAAGUAUCCUCUCAAGAAAGAUCAGCGCAUUCACACAGGAGACAAACCGUUUCACUGUUCACAGUGUGGGAAGGGUUAUAAUCAUAAGCAUUCUCUCAAGCAACAUCAGCGCAGUCACACUGGAGACAAACCGUUUCACUGUUCACAGUGUGGAAAGAGUUUUACUCAAAGCAGCACUCUCAAGCAACAUCAGCGCAUUCACACUGGAGACAAACCGUUUCACUGUUCACAGUGUGGGAAGGGUUAUAAUCAUAAGCAUUCUCUCAAGCAACAUCAGCGCAGUCACACUGGAGACAAACCGUUUCACUGUUCACAGUGUGGAAAGAGUUUUACUCAAAGCAGCACUCUCAAGCAACAUCAGCGCAUUCACACUGGAGACAAACCGUUUUACUGUUCACAGUGUGGGAAGAGUUUUACUCAAAGCAGCACUCUUCUGCAACAUCAGCGUAUUCACACUGGGGAGAAGCCAUAUUACUGCUCAGAGUGUGGGAAAAGUUUAAGAAAUUUGAGGAAUUUCCAAGAACAUCAGCGCAUUCACACUGGAGACAAACCGUUUCACUGUUCACAGUGUGGAAAGAGUUUUUCUCGAAAGGUCUUUCUUCUGCAACAUCAGCGCAUUCACACUGGAGACAGACCGUUUCACUGUUCACAGUGUGGAAAGAGUUUUUCUCAAAGCGGCACUCUCCUGAAACAUCAGCGCAUUCACACUGGGGAGAAGCCAUAUUACUGCACAGAGUGUGGGAAGAGUUUUAGUAAUUUGGGGAAUUUACAGCAACAUCAGCGCAUUCACACUGGAAUCAGACCAUUUCACUGUUCACAGUGUGGAAAGAGUUUUACUCAAAGCGGCACUCUCCUGAAACAUCAGCGUAUUCACACUGAAAAGAAGCCAUAUCAGUGCUCACAGUGUGGAAAGAGUUUCAUUUAUAAAUGUCUUCCCCAACAACAUCAGCGCGUUCACACAGGAGAGAAGCCACAUCAGUGCUCACAGUGUGGGAAGAGUUUUGCUAACAUGAGAAAUUUGAAAGCACACCAGCACAUUCAUACAGGAGGGAAGAAGCCGUAUCAGUGCUCACAGUGUGGAAAGAGUUUCAAUUAUAAAUGUCUUCUCCAACAACAUCAGCGCGUUCACACAGGAGAGAAGCCGCAUCAGUGCUCACAGUGUGGAAAGGGUUUCAAUUAUAAAUGUGCUCUCAAACAACAUCAGUGCGUUCACACAGGAGAGAAGCCGUAUCAGUGCACACAGUGUGGAAAGGGUUUUACUCAAAAGUAUCCUCUCAAGCAACAUCAGCACAUUCACAUAGGAGAUAAACCGUUUCACUGUUCACAGUGUGAAAAGAGUUUUAAUCAAAAGCAUGCUCUCAAGCAACAUCAGCGUAUUCACACUGGAGACAAACCAUUUCACUGUUCACAGUGUGGAAAAAGUUUUACUCAAAGCAGCAAUCUUCUGCAACAUCAGCGUAUUCACACUGGGGAGAAGCCGUAUUACUGCUCAGAGUGUGGGAAGAGUUUUAGUAAUUUGAGGAAUUUCCAACAACACCAGCGCAUUCACACUGGAGAGAAGCCGUAUCAGUGCUCCCAGUGUGGAAAGAGUUUCACUCAAGGGAAGUAUCUCAAAGCACACCAGCUUAUCCACAGCGAAGAUAAACCACAUCAGUGCUCACAGUGUGGAAAGAGUUUCAACCAUAAAUAUAAUCUCAAGCAACAUCAGCUCAUUCACACUGAAGACAAACCGUUUCAUUGUUCACAGUGUGGGAAGAGUUUUACUCAAAGCGGCAUUUUUCUGCAACAUCAGCGUAUUCACACUGGGGAGAAGCCGUAUUACUGCUCAGAGUGUGGGAAGAGAUUUAGUUAUUUAAGCAAUCUCCAAGAACACAAGCGCAUUCACACUGGGGAGAAGCCAUAUUACUGUUCAGAGUGUGGGAAGAGAUUUAGUAAUUUAAGCAAUCUCCAACAACACCAGCGCAUUCACACUGGAGAGAAGCCGUAUUACUGCUCCAUGUGUGGAAAUAAUUUUUCUCGAAUCAGCUCUUUUAAUAAGCAUCUACGCAUACAUAUUGAAGGAGAGCAAAAAAGUUUUCUUAAGCUACAUGUCCUUGAAGGGAUGCUUUAGGGCCAGACACUGGGAUGCACUAUGUGAAACACAUGGUGAGGACACUGAUGGACUGAGGUUUGGAUAGUGUGAAUUAAUUAAAUAUGUUCUUUAAUAAUUUUAAUGUAGUAUGCUCUGACCUGGAACAAUUGGAUCUGUGGCAGCUUCCUCAGUCUGUCCUUGCUCUGUAGCUCCAAUUAUACAUGGCAAUACACACUGUGAUGCCAUGUUAAGCUCAUUGCCACUCGCCUCUCUUUCAUAGCUUACCUCUGUUCCCUGGUGACUGGACUUUUUGCAGUUUCUGCACCAAGAUCUGUUAUGUUCCUUGGUGUACUUGUUUGUUUUUGGUAUUGUUUUGUUUCUUUCCCUAUCUGUUUCUUUGUCUUCUCUCUCUAAAUGUAUAGGAUCAUCACAUUGGUUGUCUGGGGUUCGCCAAUCCUCCAAUGAGCUUGGACCUGUCGUCAUGAAAGGGGCGGGGCUCCCUUGGCUUUCCAUCAGUCGACUUGCUUUCCUACCAGCGCGCGACUAUCCAUUUUGUGCCGACUACGUUCUUUUUUUUUUUGUUCGUUUUUUGUUCGUUUAACCUUUCGAACACUCGUGAAAUAUAAAACACCUGCUACUGAAUGACGUUUGUAAUGAACAUUAAGCAUUGCUUUGCUUUGACUAAUCUAGCUCGAUGGUUAUUUAAGUCUUGAUAAAAUAACCAAGAGAAAGGAGACAGGUAAAAUUGUAGCUAAAACUUAGCUUUCUUUUGUUAAUAAUAGGUAGGAAGUGACAACUACCUUUGUACUUUGUUUAAUUAGUUAGAGUAGUUUAGUUUGG